AAAAAAAAAAAAUUAAAAAAAAUUAUUUAGAUUAAAUAUCACUAUCUGUCAAAGCCCAAUCAUUAAAAUAAAAUAAAAAUUAUGGAUUAUUCAUCUAAUAAAAGUUCUCGUUGGGCUUUGCCAGUUAUCUUAGUUUGCUUUUUUGUAAUUUUAUUAUCCAAUAAUGUUGUUUUUGCUUCUCAUAAAGUUUUUAUUCACUUGCAAUCUCAAAAUGCUGUAAAUGUUCAUACUGUUCAUCGAACUGGUUAUCAUUUUCAGCCCGAAAAACAUUGGAUCAAUGAUCCCAAUGCACCAAUGUAUUUCAAUGGAGUGUAUCAUCUAUUCUACCAGUACAACCCAAAUGGUUCAGUAUGGGGUAACAUUGUUUGGGCUCAUUCCGUUUCAAAAGACUUGAUCAAUUGGAUCAAUUUAGAACCUGCAAUUUACCCAUCAAAGCCAUUUGAUCAAUUCGGUACCUGGUCUGGAUCAGCAACCAUCCUACCUGGUAACAAGCCAGUCAUCUUGUACACCGGAAUCAUAGAUGCCAACCAAACCCAAGUCCAAAACUACGCAAUCCCAGCUAACUUAUCCGAUCCAUAUCUCCGCGAAUGGAUCAAGCCAGACAACAACCCAUUAAUUAUAGCCGAUGAAAGUAUCAACAAGACCAAGUUUCGUGACCCAACAACAGCAUGGAUGGGUAAAGACGGGCAUUGGAGAAUCGUCAUGGGAAGUUUGAGGAAACACAGCAGGGGCUUAGCUAUAAUGUAUAGGAGCAAAGACUUUAUGAAAUGGGUCAAGGCUAAACACCCACUUCACUCAACUAACGGCACUGGAAACUGGGAAUGCCCUGAUUUUUACCCAGUUUCAUCGAAAGGUACUGAUGGGUUGGAUCAAUACGGUGAGGAACACAAGUACGUGCUGAAGAACAGUAUGGAUCUUACUCGAUUUGAGUAUUAUACACUUGGAAAAUACGAUACGAAAAAAGAUAGGUACGUUCCAGAUCCAGAUUCUGUCGAUAGUUUGAAGGGAUUGAGACUCGAUUACGGUAACUUCUACGCAUCGAAGUCAUUCUACGAUCCAAGCAAAAAUCGAAGGGUUAUCUGGGGUUGGUCUAAUGAAUCAGAUAUAUUCCCAGAGGAUGAUAAUGCGAAGGGAUGGGCUGGGAUUCAAUUGAUUCCUCGUAAAGUAUGGCUUGAUCCAAGUGGUAAGCAGUUGGUUCAAUGGCCUGUGGAGGAACUAGAAACCCUAAGAACUCAAAAGGUUCAAUUGAGCAACAAGAAGAUGAACAAUGGGGAGAAGAUUGAAGUUACAGGAAUCACACCAGCACAGGCUGAUGUUGAAGUGACAUUCUCAUUUGCAAGUUUGGAUAAGGCAGAGUCAUUUGAUCCUAAAUGGAAUGAUAUGUAUGCACAAGAUGUUUGUGGACUCAAGGGUGCAGAUGUUCAAGGUGGGCUUGGGCCAUUUGGUCUUGCUACAUUAGCUACUGAAAACUUGGAAGAAAACACACCGGUUUUCUUCCGAGUUUUCAAAGCACAGCAAAACUACAAGGUUCUCUUGUGUUCUGACGCUAAAAGGUCAACUCUUAAGUUCAAUGAAACAAUGUACAAAGCUUCAUUUGCUGGAUUUGUUGAUGUUGAUUUGGCUGACAAGAAAUUGUCACUCAGAAGCUUGAUUGAUAAUUCAGUUAUAGAAACUUUUGGUGCUGGUGGAAAGACAUGUAUAACAUCGAGGGUUUAUCCAACAUUGGCAAUUAACGACGAGGCACAUUUAUUCGCGUUUAACAACGGAACGGAGCCAAUCACAAUUGAGAGUUUGGAUGCAUGGAGUAUGGGCAAAGCUAAGAUACAAUAUUGAAGAAAAAAAAAAGAAUAAGGAGAAAGGAACUAUGGUAAAAGGGGGAAAUAUGAGAUUUUGAUGGACAUAUAAGAGUUUGUUAUUUUGAUAUUUCAACUCUAUUUUUUUUGUUUAUCAAAUUAGAUAUCCCUCGAGUCAAAAAAAAUGUAUAUAGAUUUAUCCUCUAUUUUCAAUUUAUGACAAUAAUGCUAUGUUUUUGCUUUCAAAA